AUGUUGAAGAGCACCAAUAUCCCCAAAGAGGUCGACGUAGUGGUUGCCGGAGGUGGCACUACCGGCCUCGUUGUAGCUGCGCGACUUGCCAAAGCUGAUCCCAGUCUCGCCAUACUGGUCCUUGAACAUGGCCCUGAUGUCCGAGACAACCCCGGCGUCGUCAACCCCGCACUGUUCGCUACCAACCUCGCCAACGGUUCCAAGACUUCCACAGUCUACACGUCCGAACCGUCCGAGUAUCUUAAUGGCCGUAGGUCCUUUGUUCAUACAGGCGGAUGUCUGGGCGGAGGCAGCUCAAUCAAUUUCCUGGUCUACGUGCGACCGCAGGAGAUUGACUUUGACGAUUGGGAGACAGAAGGGUGGACGGGAAAGGAUAUGAUUCCCUUCUUCAAAAAGGCAUAUACUGACCCCGCCAUCGACAAGACCCUUCAUGGAUACGAUGGGGAGCUACAUGUCUCGGAUGGAUCAAACUCGCAACCCAGAUUUCAGCAGGACUUUUUCAAGGCCUGCGACGGUAUUGGUAUUGGAGUAACACCGGACGUGCAGGAUUUUAAAUCAUCGCACGCUGUGGGUAGAUGGAACAUGUGGGUAGACAAACGCAACGGACUGCGGCAAAAUGUCCCUCAUGGCUUCAUCUAUCCCAUCCUAGACGCAGGUAACACUGGCCUUCAAGUUGCCACGGACACGAAGGUAGCCCGGAUAUUAUUCGACGGAGAGACCAAGCGUGCCAACGGGAUCGAAUACGUGGUCAACGAGGAGACAGGCACUUCACGUACAGAGGUUGUUUAUGUUCGAAAGCAAGUCAUUCUCUCUGCCGGCGGACUUGGCUCGCCCCAGAUUCUCGAACGGUCAGGGGUUGGAAAUUCAAGUUUACUCUCCCAGCUGCAAAUUCCCGUGGUCUCUGAUCUACCGGGCGUAGGUUCGAAUUACCAGGACCAUAACUUGUUGCUAUACACGUACAAGUCCGGCGCUCCCAAAAGUGCCUCUGUAAAUGAGCUGCUCAGUGGAGGGCUCAGCUUGGAGGAGGCAUUGAACCAGAAGAAAGCCGAUUCAGAGCGAUACAUGCUCGGUUGGAAUGGAAUGGAUUGUUUUGGGAAAAUGCGGCCGACAGAGAAAGACAUCGAGUCGUUUGCUCCACCUCUGAAAAAAUUGUGGGAGGAGGAGUUUAAAAAUCGUCCCGAAAAGCCUUUGAUGAUGCUUGGUCUUUUUGCUGGCUAUGUUGGUGACUACACAACCAUUGUACCUGGAGACUAUUUCACCUGUGGAUGUUACAACGCGUAUCCGUAUUCUCAUGGCUGGAUCCACAUCAAAUCGAGCUCUCCUUUCGAGCCGCCAGUGUUUGACCCUGGAUAUCUUUCCCAUCCAGCAGAUAUUGAGCAGCUCGUGUAUGGAUACAAGCUGCAGCGUGAAAUCGUGAGACGUAUGUCUCAUUACCGUGGAAUCCUGGAGUCAACCCAGCCAGUGUUUCCUUCCGAUUCAAAGGCGAAUUAUGAGUACGUAGAUACUCUUUCGCAAGAAAAGUGCUUCGCGGUGCCUAUUGACUAUUCUCCCGAGGAUGAUGAUAUAAUCCGGGACUUUAUUCGUGAAAGGAUGGCUACUUCGUGGCAUAGUAUGGCCACCUGCGCAAUGAAGAAACAAGAAGCUGGCGGUGUGGUGGAUGACAGAUUGAACGUGUAUGGUGUUCAGGGUCUGAAAGUUGCUGAUCUGUCGAUAUGCCCGAAAAAUGUCGGCGCGAAUACCUAUUCAACCGCUCUCGCAAUCGGAGAAAAGGCAGCUGUUAUUAUUGCUGAAGACCUAGGACUUCAAAUUUAG